AUGGCUAGUCCAGCACCCAAUCUCUACAGCUUCCCAAAUACCGAUGAUCUGGCCAAACAACUGAGGCCGUACAUCAUUCGGAACCAGAAUGCCGCACUGAGCCGCCACGAUACCUUCCGAAUUGCCGUGUCCGGUGGUUCUCUCCCAACCAUUCUCGCAAAAGCCCUUCUGGCUCCGGGAGACGGAACUCCCGACGAUACCGCUCAGUUUUCCAAAUGGCACAUCUUCUUCGCUGACGAACGCGCGGUGCCUCUCGACCACGAAGAUAGCAACUACCGCCUGUUGAAGGAUGAACUGUUAAGCAAAAUCCCGGUUGAAUUGGGCGCUCCGAAAGUGCACCCUAUCGACCCUGCCCAUGUCGACGACGAGGAUCCCCAGGAGCUAGCAGAUCUGUACCAGGAGGAGCUAAUGCGCAUCUUCGCCUCCAAAGACAGCGUCAAAUUGCCCGUCUUCGAUCUUAUUCUCCUGGGAUGCGGCCCUGAUGGUCACACCUGCAGUCUUUUCCCCGGUCAUGAGUUGUUGCGUGAAAAGGACUCCUGGGUCGCUCCCAUCAGUGAUUCACCCAAGCCGCCUCCGAAGCGUAUCACUCUCACCUUACCCGUUGUCACGCAUGCUGUGAGCAUCGCCUUUGUCGCUACCGGUGGUGGAAAGAAGGAUAUUAUGAAACAGAUUUUUGAUGCGGAAGAGGGGCGAAGCCUUCCCUCCGCUCUUGUCAACCAAGGCGCUGGGGAGAAAGCGAGCUGGUUCACUGACCACGCUGCUGUGGAUGGAGUGACUUUUCCCCGACGAGGAAGCCUGUAA